AUGAUAAUCAUUUUUUUGCAACUUGAAGGGGAGUGGAGGCUGCGCUGCAGCAAAAACGCGAAGUGCAGCAGCAGCAGCAGCAGCAAACGGGACGCAGCAGCAGCAAAAGGCGAGGCAGCAGCAGCAAAAAAAGGAGCAGCAGCAGCAAAAGGUGAGGCAGCAGCAGGAAAACGGGGAGCAGCAGCAGCAAAAGAGGAAGCAGCAGCAGCAAGAGCGGAAGGAGCAGCAGGGACAGCAGCAGCAGCAAGAGCGGAAGCAGCAGCAGCAAAAGAAGGAACACCAGCAGCAAGACGGAAAGCAACAACAGCAAAAAGGGAAGCAGAAGCAGCAAGAAGGGAAGGAGCAGCAGCAAGAGGGGGAGCAGCGGCAGCAAAAGGAAAAGCAGCAGCAGCAGCAAGAGGAGAAGCAGCAGCAACAAAAGGAAAAGCAGCAGCAGCAAGAGGGGGAGCAGCAGCAGCAAACGCAAAAGCAGCAGCGGCAGCAAGAGAAGAAGCAGCAGCAGCAAAAGAAACAGCAUUAGCAAGAGGGGAAUCAGCAGCAGCAAAAGAAACAGCAGCAGCAAGAGGGGAAUCAGCAGCAGCAAAAGGCGAAGCAGCAGCAGCAAAAGGCAAAGCAGCAGCAGCAAGAGGGGAAUCAACUGCCGCAAAAAACGAAGCAGCAGCAGCAAAAAGGGAAGCAGGAGCAGCAGCAAAAAGAAUUAAGGAAAUGAGCAGCAGCAAAAGAGUGGAAAGCAAAUGGAAUUAA